CGUGAUGAUCUCGCAAAACAAGGAAGUGUGGAGACCGUGCAGAAGAGAUUAAUGUUUAUUAACAAUAUAUAUUUACGUUCCUGAUGAAUAAAGCUUUGUUACAUUGUAGCCUAUUGUAUUUUCAUAAAAGUAUGCGCACACACAGCUAUUUUGGGCAGGUUAAACAUUACAACCAAGUGUUGCUCUGUUUGAUGACGCAGUGACAUAGUAGCUAGUACAACCCACCAAACGACUUGAAAGGUUAUGAAGACGUUCAAAUUCCCAGCUCGACACGGCUAUGCAGUGGAGAUAUCACCGUUUAUUCCAACACGAUUGGCGUGUGCGACAUCCCAGUAUUAUGGAAUUGCAGGAUCUGGGACACUGCUUGUGCUGGAGCAGACCGAGACAGGGAUCUCUCUUGUGAAAAGUUUUGACUGGAAUGAUGGUCUAUUUGACGUGACGUGGAGUGAGAGUAAUGAGCAUAUGCUGGUAACGGGAGGAGGAGACGGGUCUCUGCAGGUCUGGGACACAGCCAACCCCCAGCCCGGGCCACUGCAGGUGCUCAAAGAGCACACACAGGAGGUCUAUUCUGUGGACUGGAGUCAGACCCGGGAGGAGAACCUGGUGGUGUCAGGUUCGUGGGACCGCACAGCCAAAGUGUGGGAUCUCAGCCAUGGCGGCCAGUCGCUCUGCACCCUCCAGGGUCAUGAAGGGGUCAUCUACAGCACACUGUGGUCUCCUCACAUCCCAGGGUGCUUUGCUUCAGCAUCAGGGGACGGGACGCUGAGAGUGUGGGAUGUGAAGACCGGGAGGUGCAGGCUGGCUAUCCCAGCCCACAAGGCAGAGAUCCUCAGCUGUGACUGGUGCAAAUACGAUCAGAAUGUGAUAGUAACUGGAGCAGUGGACUGUAGCCUGUGUGUGUGGGACCUACGGAAUGUCCGGCAGCCUCUGUCACAUCUGCUAGGCCAUUCCUACGCCAUACGAAGAGUAAAGUUCUCUCCAUUCAACCAGACAGUGUUGGCCUCGUGUUCCUAUGACUUCACAGUCAGGCUCUGGGACUACUCCAGGACAGAGCAGCCGCUGCUGGAGACGCUGGAGCACCACUCAGAGUUCGUCUGUGGCCUGGACUUCAACCUGCACAUCCCCAACCAGGUGGUGGACUGCUCCUGGGAUGAGACUGUAAAAAUCUACACACCUCCAUGCCUGGCUGCCCCGCCGCCUAGCGCACCGUAGAGAGCUCAUAAUUGCCCUGCCGCAAGGAACGGGAGAGAGGACUUUUAGGACGGCGGUGGGUUACGAUCACUGCCGUGGCGUUUGCCAAAGCUUCACUGCGGCUUUCAUAAUGAUGCUAUUAAAAGGGACACGUCAUCAUAGCCCACACACACAACAGAGUCCGAAUACAGAUGGGAUAGCAGGGAUUCCUCCCCAUCUGUCCAUCAGAGAGAGAGAUAUGGGGAUCUGAAGGUUGCUCAACCAAACACGUGCCAACAAAGUGCCUGAUGAUCUGCUGUUUGUCCUUAUUGUUGGUAGAAUGCUUGUCCUUAUUGUUAGUAGAAUGUAUGCUCAUAUUGGUGUAUUUAGUGAUUUUUACUGAUUUAGUAAGUGGUUGAAAUUAUUUGAUUACUUACUUAAUUUCUCUGGGUCCUCUACCAAGGAGGACUAGAAUUAACAAACCUGUCCAUAUAGCUCAACACACAGGCUUGAACUCUAUCGAUGAUCUUGUCAGACUUUCCAUUGCAUUAAAAUGUUCAUUCUACGGAUAUGAAAGUAAAUGUCAUGAAUCUGACAGGUUCUCUGUGCCCUGGUGGUGAGGGGAGAGAGCCAUCAUUUAGCCCUCAGAUAUCCCAGCUUUAUGCUGCUUAAUGCGCAUGAGUUACGCUGCUGAGGCCUGAACCAAAUGUUCUCUGGAGACCGUUUUUCUUUUUCUGUGUGAGUAAAUUUCAUAAUAGAAGUGACUGCACACAUACUCUGCGGGCACUCUGUCCCUUUCAAUGUCUUACAUGAAGCAGAGUCACUGGUGAGCUGUCUGGCAUUGCACUGAUCUGAAAUAGGCUCCUAAUUUGCUCUAACUCUCUUGGAAUUAGUAUUUUACCAUCUUCUUUGCAAUUGCUUCUUUUUUUACAUAUAGACUAAAUUAAUUGUCUUUCACCACUUUAUUCUGUUGCCUAUAGGCCUAUGUUUGUUUGUUUUAGUUUCUUUAUGUUUGUCUUAUCAAGAUUUGCUUAGCGCUAUGGACUAAAUGUCAAUCACACAGGAUGCAUUUGUAUCACUCUUAAUUCCUAGAGGCGAUAUGGGAAAACUAACAGGGGAAAUAUGAUAUAAACAGAAUGUGCCUUUCUUUGCUUAAAAUGUGAAAUAAUCAUGAAACAUACUAAUUAUUAUUGUUAAUGUUUUUGUUAUGCCUAUUGUAUUUUAAUGAUUCUCCAACAUUUUGAUUUUUCACACUGGAAGCUGAAUUGUCGUGGGAAACAUCAAUCUACAGAGAUAGUUAAUAAAGACAUCGGAGACAGUAA